CAAUGGCUGACAAUAAAGUGAAGUCAACCAAACCUGUGAAUAAGACUCCUCCAAAGUCUCCUUCAGACCCGGCAAAGGACCGAGCAGCAAAACGAUUAUCCUAUGACUCAAACAGCUCCCAUGAGGGAGCUAUGGCAGGAGAAAUAAGUGCUCUGGAAGAGGCCUUUAGAAAAUUUGCCAUCCAUGGUGAUACAAGAGCCACAGGAAAAGAAAUGCAUGGGAAGAACUGGUCAAAGCUAUGUAAGGACUGUCAUGUGAUAGAUGGGAAGAAUGUGACAAUCACAGAUGUUGACAUUGUCUUCAGUAAAAUCAAGUAA